GAAAAGAAAGAAGAAAAAAAAAUGUAAAUCACGUCUGCUUCUGUGCCCUUUUUUGCUUUGUUGAUAAAAUGUUCGAAGAAUCGUCUCAAAAAGCUCAUUAUUCGUCAAUACUCGGAGCAGAUCCUUUACUAAUCGAUGACAGCUCAUCCGGCAUAGAAAAGAAUGCUGGAGAUGAUUACUCAGCUUUUACCUCUGCAAGUGGAUUGACCUCUAUAAGCGCUAGCAUUACCGAUUACAGGUAUGAGAAUGGACGUCGCUAUCACGCCUAUCAUGAAGGAAUUUAUAUAGGGCCGAAUGACGAAGCAGAGCAAGACCGCAUGGGUCUGGUGCACCAUAUAUACUCUCUGUUGCUGGAAGGAAAGCUCCAUCUAGCGCCUCUUAGCGAGAGCCCCAAACGUGUUCUCGAUCUGGGUACUGGAACCGGCCUUUGGGCCGUAGAUUUUGCUGACGAAUACGGAAAUGCUCAGGUUAUUGGUAACGAUUUGAGCCCGAUCCAGCCGAAGUGGGUACCGCCAAACUGUCAGUUUGAGAUAGACGACUUCGAAUCAGACUGGCUGUAUAGAACACCAUUCGACUAUAUCCAUGCGCGUGAACUGUCCGGGUGCAUAGGCAACAUCGACAAGCUUUUUCGGCAAGUAUUUGACCAUACGAGUUCUGGAGGCUACUUUGAGCUCCAAGCCGUCAGCGCCCAUUUCUUAUCCGAUGAUGAUACUGCGGAGAAGGCUGUCGUUGCUCAAGAGUGGAUGAAAAAAAUCCGCGAGAGUGGUAGAAAAUUCGGUAAGCCGUUGGAUAAUGCCUGUCAAUGGAAACAGAAAUUGGAAGAAGUUGGUUUUGUGGACGUCACAGAAACGUUACUUAAGAUACCCCUUGGUACUUGGCCUAAGGACGCGAGGAUGAAAGAACUGGGGAAGGUUGGGUUCGUUGAAGAGUUGCAAGCUAUUGAGGCUUAUACGCCUGCACUUUUCACACGAGUCCUUGGUUGGAGUGAAGAGGAGAUGCAAGUAAUGAUGGACAAGGUUAAGAAGGAGCUAUUUGAUCGAUCAUUGCAUUUAUAUCUUCCAGUCCAUGUUGUAUAUGGUCGGAAACCUUGAUGCGAUAGGGCCGAUCCCAUGGAAAAUGAGGACACGACCUCGUUGUUCUUAGAGCAAAGGUUGUACUGUACAUAGUCAUGCAGUCGGUUUGACGUAUAUACACUCGCUGACUACUUGGCAUUGGAAUCGAUGGCUAAGUAGCAUGGCAAUCUCAGCCAACAAGACUCAAUAAAACUGUAGCUGGUGAG